AUGUUCUCCGUCGUGGUCCCAGGCCGCCCGUGCCUCACAGACAUCAUCGCAAUAGACGGCCAACCAAACGGUCAAGCAACCAAAUUCGCCUUCACGAUCCCUCUCACCCCAUCAUUCAGUGAUAUAGUCGUCUUCUUUCUACCAGGAACGACACUCCCACCAAACACCGGUGCCGCAAUUUACGCCCAACUCCCAGACCCCAACACCGGCGCACCCUCCAACUUCCGCUUCAUCGGCGCAUUAGCAAACGAAAAGCCCUCAGGCAUUUUUACCGUCCGUCCACCGGGCAGCACAAUGCGUCGCUCAGAAGCCGAGGAAGAAGACGAGAUGCUCGACGAAGCGAGCGCUGCUGCAGCGGGCGUCCUGACACUGGGCAUUUCGAUCGAAGAAGCGCAAAAUAUUGCGCCGCAGCUGGCUGCAUUGGAAGGGGAGCGUCCUUCGGGUCAGAUGUCUUCCGCGCUGGUUCCACAGGCUGUAGCACAGAAACAGAUCUCGACGAAGGUGCUGGCGCAGCGUAUUAUUGGAAAUGCGUUUAAUUUCCUCGCGAGCUUUGCGGAGAAUGACAAGGGGCAGGAUGUUGUACCACUGAAGAGCUUCCAGAACUGGUGGGCGAAGUUCGAGCGGCGCAUUGAUGCUGAUCCUUCAUUUUUGGAGCGCGAGGAUCCUACUUCUAAUGUGUGA